ACUACUGAGCAGUGCUGGUAUUGUAGCUGUCGUUGCAGUCGGUCUGGGUUUUGGGAUCUUGCGCUAUCUGUUGCAAAAAUCAGAAGCAAUUAUUGUUCAUCAGAAUAGUGCAAGCUGGUAUCCAGCGCAGGCAGCAUUCGGUCUGUGUUAUUGCUACGUUCAGCGCAAGAAGAGAUCGUUGGGAUUACUGUGCCUUGUGCAGAUGGAGUGGAUCUAAAUAAUAUUAGGAAGACCGAUGCUGGGCGUUAGAACCUGAUCCCCAAAUUAUUGUUCAAGGGUCUGUUACAGGGAUCACUAUACAUCAUCAUCAAGAGGAGUGCACACUAAAGGGAAACCUCAGGUAGCUGGAUACAGAGGAACUUGCUAAGCAUCUGUCUGAGCGGGAGCAGACAUCCACAAGCAGAGAGUGUGGGAUGAUUCUACGGUGGAUCUGUGGUGUGGUGCUGCUACUUAGAGUCGGCGCCAUAGGAUGGAGCCAGAUGCCAAGAAAAACCGUGCAUAUCUCAGGAGUACCAAUGGUUCGGCAACCCAUUCACGGUGGCCUGCUCCCCGUUAUGACUCUAACACUGGAUGAACGCAGAGGGGCUCUGUAUGUUGGCUCACGAGAGGUUAUCCUAAGCUUAGACAUAAAUAACAUUGCGAGGGAACUGAGGUCUCCGAUUGUGUGGGAGGCACCGAUCGAAAAGAAGGAAGAAUGUGCCCAAAAGGGAAAAAGUAAUCAGACUGAAUGUUUUAACUAUAUACGAUUUCUACAAGAGUACAACCGGACUCACCUCAUCACUUGUGGCACUUACGCAUUUCAGCCAAAGUGUGCUUAUAUAGAACUUCCUGGGUUUAUGCUAGACACAGAAAAUUUGGAAGAUGGAAAGGGAAAGUGUCCUUAUGAUCCCUUUAAGGGUCACACAGGGCUUAUUGUAGAUGGUGCCCUGUACUCUGCAACCCUAAACAACUUCUUAGGAACAGAGCCCGUUAUAUUGCGCAAUGUGGGACAGUCUAUUAGCAUGAAAACUGAGUAUUUGGCAUCAUGGCUGAAUGAACCAAACUUUGUGGGCUCUGCUCACAUCCCUGAAAGUGAAGAGAGUGAGUUUGGGGACGAUGACAAGAUCUAUUUUUUCUUCACUGAGCGGGCUUUAGAAUUUGAUUGCUCUAAUGAGCAGGUGGUGUCACGGGUGGCACGUGUCUGCAAGGGGGACCUGGGAGGGGCACGUACUCUGCAAAGGAAAUGGACGAGUUUUCUAAAAGCACGAUUAGUUUGCUCCAUCCCUGAGCUACAGCUGACUUUUAACCUUAUCCAGUCUGUGUUCACACUGCGUUCUGACCCCUGGCGUUCCACACAGUUCUUUGCAGUGUUUCAGGCACACUGGGGUGAAGCUGCAGUGUCGGCCGUCUGUCAGUACUCUAUACAGGACAUCCAGAGGGUUUUCAAUGGUCCCUACAAGGAAUUUCGAGAGCAGGCCCAGAAGUGGGGGAGAUACUCUGAUCCUGUGCCAAGCCCCAGACCUGGAUCUUGUAUCACAGAUUGGCACAGGCAUCAUGGAGUCUCCAGCUCACUAGAGCUUCCGGAUAACACUCUCAACUUUGCCAAGAAACACCCUCUAAUGGAUGAAUCUGUUUUUCCGACUUAUGGACGCCCUCUGUUGGUGAGGAAGGAAGCAAACUUUACCCAGUUGGCAGUGCAUAGAACAAAAGGGUUGGAUGGAGAGUUAUAUGAUGUCCUCUUUGUCGGAACAGGUAAUGGUUGGGUGAAUAAAGCAGUGAGUUUAGGUUCUACUGUCCAUGUGAUUGAAGAACUUCAAGUGUUUGACAGGCCUUACCCUGUGCAGAGCCUGGUCAUUUCAUCGCGCAACUCUCUCCUUUUUGCGGGUUCCCACGCUGGUCUAGUGCAGCUUCCUUUUGCAGACUGCAGUAAAUAUCGCUCAUGUGCUGACUGUGUGCUUGCACGCGAUCCCUUUUGUGCCUGGAACAUAAAUAUCAGCCGAUGUGUGCGCGCAGAGGAGAGCUACAGGUCUGUGCUGCUUCAGAAUAUCCAGAGUUCAGACACUUCAAAGUGUGAAGUUCAGAAUUCAAAAUCUGUAAAACCUCCACUGAAGAACAUCACUGUUGGCACCGGAACAAAUGUGGUCCUCCCAUGCCACCUGACUUCCAACAUGGCACAACCCAGAUGGGUAUUUAAUGGCCGUGAAUUAAUGCAGUUUCCAGAUGAUACUGUGAUCUAUGAUGUUACCCUGCAGUCUCUUGUCAUUUUGGAAGUGGAUUCUCAUCACUCUGGGUCAUACUACUGUUUUUCAGAGGAGCAUGGUGCUCGCUUGGAUGGCGACGGUUAUCAACUUACUGUGGUGGCUGCCCCUUCUCUUAGUUUGGAGUCCCGUGCUCCCUUAGAUGGUCUGGGUCUGGUGUGGAUGAUGGUGAUAGCUUUGGGGGCUGUUUGCUUGAUUCUCUUCCUGGCUGUUGUCUACCUGCGCAGAAAGCUGCGGGAUGAGUUGGAGAAAGGUUCAAAAUCCAUGGAGAACACUUUGGUGUACCCCAUCCAGCUGCCUUCCCAAACAAAGAUUACAAAGUGCCUUCCCAGUGCGGACUCUGAUGAAAAGCUUUGGGAUCCAAAUAAUUUCUACUAUUCUGAUGGUUCCUUAAAAAUUGUGCCAGGACAUGCCUUGUGCCAGAACAGUACUAGUUCCUCGUCUCCAUCAGGCAAUGGAAUCCCUGGCCAACCUUUGCCCUCUCCACCGGUCCAGUCCCCUAACCACAUGAUUCUUUCUGGUGUUCGUGGUUCCAAUAGUAAUGGUUAUAUAAGGCUUAAUCUAGGAGGUGGCGUAGGUGAGGAGCGCCCCCCGCUAGGUGAACUUAAUGAAGAGUUACGAUGGAAAUUAAAGCAGAGACAGGCUCUCCCAGACUCUAAUCCAGAGGAAUCAUCUGUCUGACACUUCCUCCUGCCUAUUGCACAGUUUGCACUGUUUUUUUUGUUUUUGUUUUUUUUCCUUUUUUUUUUUUUUUUUUUUUUUUUUUUUUCCUGAACUACCUCAGGGAUUGGAGGUGUUGUGGGGAAGAAAGGACACAGCCAAAAUUGUACUCCUUAGCCUCUGCUAUAGAUUGAUGCAUUUUAAGGAUAAGAGAGGGACUGCACCACUCUAUUUGUGUCUAACUGACCAUAAAAUUCAACAUUCCCUACCCCAGAGUUCAGUAUUUCAAAAAAAAAAAAUUGUUAGGAUUUUGUGGUUUCAAUAACAUUUUGAGUUGGAAACUGAAAAUAUGGACCCCUAUUUUAUGGUGUCUUUCCUUGAGAAGACCUAUUACCUGCUGGCAAUGUUUUCUAAAGGUUAUGGGUAUUAUCACUGCAGCAAUAAGCCAUGUGGGACACAACCAGUUUUCUGACUCUUUCUGCCCAUAUUGUGACAUUUGCAAUAAAACUGUGUUUGUGAACCAAGAUCUGUUUACAUAGGUAACUCAAAGUAGAAACUUAGAGCACUAUUGGGUUAUCAUCCUUUGUUUUUUUUUGCUUCAGAUUUAUGGCUUAUACAAAUAAAGAGGAGAUAGGGACCUUCAGUGACGCAGGGAUCUUUAACAGAUUGCUGGCUUCCAUUUGUUUGUUUUUUCUGAGAAACUUGCAUCUACAUUAUUGUAUUUUGAGGGAGAGAAACCUUUUUCCAAACUUUUUAAACUCCAGACUCUCACCGUAUAUAUUUAUGAUGCAACCCAGUUGCUGAGUGCUUUUAUAAAUUAUGAAGCAUGAUUACUGAUGAGGACCAGGUUAACUUUAAUUUCAAGACCUUUUUAUUUAUUUAUUUUCUUCCACUAGAUGCGUUUUUUUGUUUUUUAAAGUAUCCCAAAUUAAAAUGUAUAUAACAACCCAUUCACAUUAUGUGCAAGCAGUGAUGUGUUCGUUAACACAAUUUUUCUGGUAUUUUUUAUAUUCAUGUCAGAAUAAUUUUUUUUUUUUUUUUUUAAAGAUAAAAGUUAAUGUCCCAAUAAAUGAAUUUGCAGGAUAAAAUGAGUUUUAUAAAUGAUUAUAGCUGCCAAAUUCUUCGAUCCAUGAUGUUUACUUGUGACUUCAUAUAAAGGAGUGCGUGUGUGUGGUGUAUAUACUGUUCUAUUGUUUUUUAAACCAAUUGACGUGACCACUGCACGAUCUUCCACUUUUUUACUGUAAAUAGUUUUCCUGUCCUACAGAUUAAAAAAACAAAAAAACUCCUGUGACAUUGUCAUUUUCCAUGACUUAUAUUGACUGUAUAACUUAUUUAUAAAUAUAUAUUUAUUUCCUGUAAAUAAUAUUUUUAUAUUGAAUAAAUAAAAUGUUUAAAAAAACCA